GAAUUUACCAGCACUGCAGCGCAGGCGUGCACAAGAAUAUUAUAUUUAUUUAUUAAACUUAUCAUGCCAAUUGUUGUGAUCACGGGUCUGCCGGCCAGCGGCAAGUCCACGAGAGCUCGCCAGCUUCAGGAGCACCUCGCCGGCCUGGGAAAGAAGGUGCAUCUAAUCAGCGAGAACGAGGCGGUGCCCAAGGCUCUGUUCGAGAAGAACUCCUUCUUCGGGGACUCGCAAAAGGAGAAAGUGGUGCGCAGCGACCUCAAGUCGGAAGCGUUGCGCCACCUCAACAAGGAGGAUGUUGUCAUACUGGACGCUGGAAACUACAUAAAGGGCUAUCGCUACGAGUUGUACUGCAUCACGAAGUCGGCGCGGACCACGCAGUGCACACUCUUCUGCUGCAUACCACAGGAGCAGGCAUGGUCAUUUAACGGACAGCGCCUGGAGCCGGACGAGCUACCGGGCGACGGGCAGACGACGCAGCUGCUUAACAACUCGAAUGUGCCAUACACCCGCGAGAUCUUCGAUGCCCUAUGCAUGCGCUAUGAAGAGCCAAACAGCAAUAGCCGCUGGGACAGUCCACUCACGGUGGCCCUACCCGAAGACAAGCUCGACGUGGAGGGCAUCUACAAGGCCCUGUACGAGACCGCGCCACUGCCGCCCAACCAGAGCACCCAGAACCCGCCUCUCUGCGCCACCAACUACCUCUUUGAACUGGACACCAUCAUGCAGGCAAUCAUCAAAGAGAUUCUGGGCGCCAUCAAGAUCAAGGCCUUCGGCCAGCUGCGCAUCCAGGGCAGCACUAGCCCGGUCAAGGUCACCACCACGAUGAACGCUAUCCAGCUGAACCGACUGCGGCAGAAGUUCAUUACGAGCCGGUGUCGGGCCUCCCAAACGGCCGCCACUCCGUUGGCCCAGGUGCCUCAGAUGUUUGUCCAGUUCAUCAAUGCCAACACGAUUGGCUGCUAGGCUGCUGCUCCAUUUCGCCUGUGAUUUCCGUGCUGUUUUCUUUACAUUUUCUUUCCAAUAAAACAUAAUUUCUUUGAGAAACUAAAGAAAUGUAAUACCGAGA